CAGUGUGUCCAGCGCUAAUUGCAUUUGCCAACAAGUGGCUGACGCGAGAAGGUCGCCCUUGAGUGAGCGCACGAUUGGCAAAAACGGAGCUGCAAUUUCAGUUGAGAGCUAGUAAACCGAACUAAGAGUGCAACAGCUUAUUACUAUCAAUACUCGACAGUAGUUGAGUGCGAUUUGUAUUGCUGAUUACUGACAAGUGCAGUGGGAGAGCGCUGGAACAGCCAACAAAAGCGGAAAAUGCAAUAAAAGCGUGUUCAAAGCGAGAUUAAUAAAAAAAAAACAACAAAUAAGUUAUUAUUUCAUCGCUGUGCUGUAAUAUUUCAUCGCUGUGCUGUAAUAUUUGUGUAUAUUGAGUAAGCGCAGUUGACGUGUGAGUGAGUGCAACAGCAGCGAAGCGUUGUGAAAAUGGCGAAGCGAGCGAACGUCAUGUGGUUCCGCCAUGGGUUACGGUUGCACGACAAUCCGGCGUUGCUGGAAGCCAUUUCCGACAAAACUGAGGGUAUUGCUUUGAUACCGCUAUUCAUUUUUGAUGGCGAAAGUGCUGGUACCAAAACAGUGGGGUAUAAUCGUAUGAGCUUUCUUCUCAACUCUCUGGCUGAGAUUGAUAAACAGUUAAAAGCCAUACGCGGCGCAAGUGAUAUUGCAGGCAAACUAUACUUGUUCCAAGGCAAUCCGACAACUGUAUUCCGUCGUCUUAAUGAGUACUAUAGGUUAAAUAAAAUUUGCUUCGAACAGGAUUGUGAACCAAUUUGGAAUCGACGUGAUGACUCAGUACGUGCUUUGUGUAACGACUUGGAUAUUGAAGCAGUGGAGAAGGUCUCUCAUACACUUUGGGAUCCCCGGACUGUUAUUAGUACGAAUGGUGGAAUUCCGCCACUGACCUAUCAGAUGUUUUUGCACACCGUGGAAAUAAUUGGUGCGCCACCGCGUCCAGUUGAAGAUCCCGAAUGGGAUGGCGUUGAGUUUCUAAAGUUAACUGAUAACAUGCUGAUGGAAUUAAAUGCAUUCUGGCAGUUCCCUACUCCUGAGGACUUCAAUAUAUUCCCGGACAAUAUAAGCUAUGUGGCCAAGGUAAAAUGGCGUGGUGGUGAACAACAAGCCUUAUUACAUCUAGCUGAGCGUCUGAAAGUCGAGGAGCGUGCUUUUAAAAACGGAUACUAUUUGCCAAAUCAGGCAAAUCCCAACAUACUUGAAUCUCCGAAAUCGAUGAGCGCUCAUCUGCGCUUCGGUUGCUUGUCAGUACGUCGUUUCUAUUGGAGCGUACAUGAUCUCUUCAAGCACGUGCAAAUUGAGGCAUUCUAUCAUCGCAUACAUAUGGCCGGCGGAGAGCACAUAACUGGUCAGCUCAUUUGGCGUGAAUACUUCUAUACAAUGUCCGUAAAUAAUCCUUAUUACGAUCGCAUGGAAGGCAAUGAAAUCUGCUUGAACAUUCCAUGGGCUCCACCAAAUCAGGAACAAUUACAAAGUUGGCGCAGUGGUCAAACCGGAUUUCCGUUGAUUGAUGCCGCAAUGCGCCAAUUGUUGGCCGAGGGCUGGUUGCAUCACACGCUUCGCAAUACAGUGGCUACAUUCUUGACACGUGGCGCACUCUGGCAAAGUUGGGAGCAUGGCUUGAGACACUUCCUCAAAUAUUUAUUGGAUGCUGAUUGGUCCGUGUGUGCCGGUAAUUGGAUGUGGGUGUCAUCGUCUGCAUUUGAACGUCUGCUGGAUUCCUCUUUAGUCUCUUGUCCCAUAGCUUUUUCGAAGCGUUUGGAUCCGAAAGGUGAAUAUAUCCGGCAGUAUGUACCGGAAUUGGCAAAAAUACCUCAGGAGUAUAUUCAUGAACCAUGGCGCAUGCCACAAGAGAUGCAGGAAAACUACGAAUGUGUCAUUGGCGUGCAGUAUCCCGAACGUAUCGUCGACUUGGCCAAAGUAUCGAAGCGUAAUACACUUGCUAUGCAAACACUCAGACAGUCAUUGAUCGCAGGUGGCGCACCUGAUGAAGGACCACCACAUUGUCGACCAUCUAAUGAAGAGGAGGUACAUCAAUUCUUUUGGUUGGUUGAUUAAAGAUUUUACUAUAAAAAAAUUUAAUGCGGAAAGUAAGAGAAUAACCUAUAAAUUAGAAGCUAUACACAUUGAAAAAUAAAUAUGUAUGUCAACUGAUAAAAAAUAUAUUCAAAUAUGUAUCUAUAUAAAAAUAACAAA